GUUUUGUUUCCUAACUAGUAUAUAAACUGGGGAUUUGAUACUUGCAGCUAAUUGACAUAUGCUGCUCGAUGUCACUGCCGCAGCGCCUAGCGGCAUUGCUGUACGCGGGUAGUUCACCAGAAACAUGCAUAUGUGCGUUUGAAAUGUUGCUUCGGUAGCGAUUGUUUCUUCGUCUUCUAUCACGGCAAGUGCAAACGAGAUAGCUGUAUUCAUGGUGGCGUAUUGGUUACGCCGCUAACAGCUGCGCCGCGUAUUAAUUCAGUUUAUAAAUUUGUUUGUUGUGUGUUGGUGCGUUGCGAAAAUGGAGCCAUCUGAAACUGUUCAAGAAAGUUCUAGUGAUCAAGGACAAAUGUAUUAUACUAAGCCGUCAGAUAAUGGUGUAAUAGUGAAAAUAAAUUCAAUGAAGUUGAUACGAUUGGUCCGUUGCAAUGACGUAUUGUACAACAGUUUUGCGGAUGGCUAUAAUGACAAAACUUACAAAGAGAUAAUUUGGGAGCGCAUUUACCGAGCAUUAUUCCCUUUUUACGAUACAUACAAACCCCAACAUCAAGAUUGUAUACGUGCAAAUGUACGUCGUCGUUGGAAAACCCUUCGUGACUCAAUUUCACGCGAGGUCAAAAAGAAUGCUACACUUGAAAAUUAUUUAAGGAAAAAAGAGAGUCCGAUUAUUUCUGAGCUCGAGUUCUUAAUACCACACAUUAAAAGUGCACAUUGUGCGAGAUUAGCUGAUGAGAUGGGAUUACGGGAAUGUUACACCAGCACAAUGGUGGUUGAGCAGGAGCCACAAGAUGAGGAUAGUCUUAACGACUUGAUUGACUUGACCGAAGAAUGUGAUAUUAAGCCAUUUAUUAAACAAGAUGGCUUUCAGUAUGAUGAUAUGGAUACAUGUGAUGGUUCACUUCAGCAUGAAACAUUAUCCCCGACUGCAAAUAUCGACGUAGGGAGUCAAUUUAUAAAUGGCAUUGAAGUGGUACCAGCAACAGAGAAUGAUGAAUCGAUUCAAUCAUCAUGGAACAAAGAGUUUUGUACGCUUGCACAGUUUAAGGGUGGUGAGUUUAUCAAUCCUGUUGACGUCUGUACGGAACAGGAGCAUGGAGAGAAUUCAGAGGCUACUGAUAAAGAGGCUAGAGAAAUGAAUGACACAGCUGCAACUGAACCUAUUAGUAAGCGAGCACGGAACGAAUCGGAAGAUACUCCCAAAGAAUUACAAGCCAAAAUACUGCAAUUGUUGAGUAGUUUAGAGCAUCGUGAACGCAGCGACUGUGAAACCCAAGACGAGGAUCGUAUGUUUUUAUUGUCACUGGUUUCUGACUUAAAACGCGUACCAGCGGCGAAAAAAAUGAUGGUGAAAAUGGAAAUUGUAACGGCAAUCGCAAGAGCCAAUCAAAGCCCAUGAGAUAUGUGAGCCUACCAUUUAUUCAACAUAGAGUGGGUUCAUCCUUCUUUUAUAAGCCGAUAUUAAUUAGUUUUAUUGUAUAGUUGUAGUGUUAAUAUCGUUUUAUAAAAUCUAGUUUUAGGUAUAAGUGCGUUAGCUUUUCGAUAAAUUCGUAAACAUCGUUACACCAAACAUUUAGACAUAAAUGAAGUAUUCACAUAGCCAUUAGUUCACUUAGGAAAGUAUAAACCAGUACUGCCUUUAUAAAACUUUAGAAAUUAUGUUAAUUUCAUUGAAAUAAAUUUGUUAUGUUAAUAUUUAUAGUACGCGUGUUUUUUGUACAUUAUUUAGAAAUUAUAUUAAUUUCUUUUAAAUUAAUUUGUUUGCAUAUUAA